AUGAUAUCUGAUUUGAAUGGUACAGUUGUAAUAUUCACCAAAGAAAACUUCCUAUUGGUGACUGGAUUGUGGUGGUCACCUAAUCCAAUAGUUAUGAGGAGGUAUAAAGGAUCUAGAUCUCUACGUAAUAGGUACUUGAGGAAUGAUUUUGCGGGGGACAUUCAUAUUGGUACCUUAGAGAUAGUGUACAAGGAGAUGGAGUUUGAGAAUGAUAUGGAUGCUAUGAAGAUGACAUUGGUCUACUACACUGAAUUGGCUAUGAUGGGAAGGGAGAAGACGAGGGCCAAUGUCGACAAGACCUUAUUAAUUGACAUGAAGGAUUUAGACUACUUAAACUCCAUGGAUUGGGGAAAUGUGUUGUGGGAGAGGACGUUACUUGGACUACAAAGAGGAUUGAGUGGCAAGUCCGAGAACUACAAAAAAAGGUCCAAGAUCAAUAAGAACUACAUCGUCAAGUACAACCUAUCGAGGUUUCCUCGUGCUUUUCAGACAAGGAUCACACCCAUACCAUUGAUCAUGUUCGAUAUGGAGGGGUGGUAUAGGGACACUUUGAUUGAUGAACGACCCGUAUAUGAGCGCAUUGAUGCCUAG